AAAAGAUACGAAGAUUGGAUUACAUUAUCUUAUUUGGACACCAAAUCAAGAAAACGAUUUACUAGUUGAUAUAAUGAGUUUUACAUCUAUAAUUAUUUUGGAAAUUCAAAACCAGUUUCCUAAUGAUCCUUUUGUAGAAGCUAUAGGAAUUUUUAAAUUAUCUGCUGAAUUAUUAAAUAAUGAAAAUCUGUUAGAAUUUG